CGAUGCUGCCCUUGCAGAGACUCCCUGAUGACUUCAUCGUCGCACAGCUUUAAGAUGUGCUUCAGGACAAACCAGUAUCUUUACCCAGCUAUGCGUAUGACAGUCUCAACUCUGAUGUGGCAUCUGGUAAGGAAACGAGCGAUGGCUAUGACAGCUUGGCCAGUGUGGGGAAGGGCGAUGGAAAACCCAGGAAACACCACCGCAAGUCUGCCUGAACACGUUCUCGCCAAGAAAAGACAAGCAAACCCAAACUAAGCAUGCUCAAUGUCAAGACUUGACUUCCUGGUCACUAGGGCCGGUUUGCUUUACUCUGUUCUCUCAGUCCAAGGACAGGUUUCAUUCUUCAUCGAUGAAAUGCUUCCAGCACAAGCGCUUGAAACUUGAUUUGAAUGAAUUUGAACUUUAUCUUCAGGUGUAAAAAAAAUAAAAAAACACCUGCGAGAGUG